AUGGCUGCAGCAGUGAUGAAUUCAAGAUCUUUAGCCUUUGUGACACGAAGCCAAAGUUUUAUGGAUCGCGGUGUGGCACGACACCAUAUCAGUGCUUCUGAAUCCAACAAAAGGAUGAACUAUGGAUUUUCUGACUGGAUGUCUCAUGAUGGGGAUGAUCUGAACAAGUUCAAAAAAUUCGCUUCUUUUAGAUUUAGAAAUACUAUGGCAGGUGUGUCACAGCCAGAGUAUGUUAAACCGGAUGUCCCUUGGGUUCAUUCUUUGGUUUCUUCUGAGAGUUCUGAGAUAUUUGCUGCUAAGAAGCAGAAUUAUGAUCUCUAUAAACAUUUGUCAUCACCGUGGGCAGAGCAGAUUGUAGCAUAA